AUGACAACCCAGGUGUCUAAGUGGGUGUGCUACCCUUUAUUUAGGGUACUUCUGCCCAUCAUUCUACUGGCAGCCUGUGCGGUGAGGUACAAUGCACUUUCCUUUAUAUAUCUGGUGUUUUUACUGGCCUGGCCACUUUUACCAACACCAAACAGAAUCAACAUCAAAGGUAACACAGGAGUCUACCUGAAGUGUAUAAUUGUCGUGAGUGCGUUAGGCACACUUGCUCAUAUAGCCUUCCACAUAGCUCUGGCUGCUGGCAGUGCACCCUAUGGAUCUGUCCUACAAAAUUGUUCUACUGCUGAAAAAGUAGCCAGACAAAUAGCUGUGGAAAGACUUGAUGGUGUGCCAUUCUUAGAUAUACUUCGCCUUGUCUUCCCCGAUGUGUUCGUUCUAAUUGUAUCUGUUUUGGUGUUUGUUGUGUGUUACAAGCUUUUGGCUCCACAGCCAACAGUAAAUGGACAAGAAGAAAUAUCAUCGACAGCCACACGCACCAAGAGGAAGCGACCAGUUGACACAAUUGUAUCAUUCCUUGGAGAAUUCGCCGUAGCAAUUUUAUUAGCAGCAAGUGGUAUCAUAGUCCCAUCAGCCAUUGGUGCAUUUUAUUUUCUAUCAUUUUUAUAUAUUGCCACCUGGUGGGCAUUUUAUAAAAGCCUCGGUUCUAAGUUCAGUUACUUUAAGAUAGUGAUAGUGAUAUGGAGUGGAUUACACUUGCUCCUACUACAUCUGUACCAGUUCCAGUUCUUCCAGGAAGCAGUUUCGCCCGAACUUCUUAUAUCAAGAAUCUUGGGUCUGACGGGUGUGAUCCAAACCAACUGUUCCCAGCCCUGGACCAUAGAAUACAAUGACCCAUACAACUGGCCUCACUUUGUCAAUCCCGCCAUCAUCCUGGCACUUUAUGUUACAGCGGCCGCUGGCACUAGACAGUGGAUCAACAGGAAGAGGUGUAGCCUUGAUGAAACUGACGGUUUAGACAUUGAGGAAAAGCAAGGAAAACGUCGCCGAACUAAACCGACUGAGCGGCAGGUAGCUCACCAUGCUCAAGAAGGACAAACAGAGCACCUGGUGACAGCUGGCGAGGGGCCCUCCUAUAGCAGCUUUGACCCUGUAGGAACAGGAGAAGGUGGAGCCUCCAGUCAUCCCGACAGUGGUAGCCCCACAAUGUCUGUGGCAUUUGAAAGUGAGGAUGAGGCUGAUGGAGGAGGAAGUAGCAAACCAUCACGUCGUAAGAACUGGAAACGUCCUGCCAUGGUGUCAUUUCUGGUGUAUGUGAUGAAGCAGAGCUAUGUCCUUACACUGAUCGCCAUGAUGGCUUGGAGCAUAACCUUCCACAGCUGGCUGACAUUCGUCAUGCUAUUGAGUGCCUGUUUUAUCUGGAUGUUCCCUUCGUCAAGGCGUGUGUGUCUAAUGUUGUCACCUGUUAUUGUGUUCUACGGUGAGGGUCUACUCAUCAUACAGUAUGUAUAUGGAUUUGAUCUUCCUGAUGAACUCCCGGAACAAAUCGGAAAGGUCAAGUUGUCGGAAGUUGGUCUACAAAAGUUUCCUUAUCCAUGCUUGCAGCUGGCCUUACAGCUUCUGUUUACAUUCACAUUCUGGAUGACAAUGCGACAAUUCAUGCGAGAGCGAGCCUUCCUGAAACAAGAUCACCCGACAGACUACGCUCUCAAUCAGCUGCAGCAACAUGGUGCAAAUCCUACCUCUAUCAAGUCCCUCUUCACUGGAUGGAUACAGUUGAGUGUCCUGACAGGCGGCAUAGGAACCAACGGUUUUCCCCUGCGGUUGGAUUCUGUCGAUGGUUAUGACAGUAACACUAUCAAGGAUUUAGGUAGCUAUAUCUGGUCCCUGCUGUCUAAGUACUGGAUAUUUGUAUGUGCUGGAAUGCUGCUGCUCAUUUCCAUUCAGGACGUAGUCAUCUACAGAAUCAUCUACCUUGUCUUCUUCCUUUACUUCAUUAUGGCCUUCCAGGUGAGCUACAAGCUGUGGCGCCUCACGAUGUUUGGAUUCUGGUGGGCAGUCAUUAUUUACUCUAUGUGUGUUCUCAUCAUGCUCUACACAUAUCAGUUUAGUGACUUCCCUGAUUACUGGAGAAAUGGCACUGGACUCUCCGAUGAAGUCCUGUCAGAUAUUGGUCUAGAGAUCUUUGACACGGCUGGUCUAUUUGAGAAGCUGCUGACACCGACAAGUUUCCUUAUCCUAAUCAUUCUACAAGUCCACUACUUCCAUAAACCGUUUCUACUCCUCAGUGACUUAGAAAGACACAGAAAGGAAGACCUACCUCAGCAAGUAGGUAGUAUGACAACUGACACAGAAGGAACAUCAGACAGUGAAGGCGUCAUACUCAAACGCACCAAGAAAAUGAGGCGGAGGAUGAAGUAUUACUUUCUUAUAGCCUGGUCACGCUGUAGUGCAUGGUGGAGUGACUUGUCUCGCCUGCUGUGGAGGAUCGCUCAGAUCCAUAUCUUCAAGGUCAUCGCCUUCACCAUCUUUAUGGUAGUCAUUCAGGAGAUUUCUGCUAUUAGUGCAGUGUAUGUGAUACUACUAGGAAUAUUCCUGCCUUUGACUGCUGGCUGGAAGUUGAUGUCCCUUCUUUGUCAGUUAUGGACAUCCACUGUCCUCCUUUCCAAGACCAUAUACCAGCUGAACAUUGUGGAAAAGGACUACUGGAUUUCCAACUGCUCUAUGGUCGGUGGAAAUGUUUCUGGUAAUAAUACGACGAAUGUCAUCAACCCUUUCAUCAAUGGGACAAUUGACAAUGCGGAAUGGGUUGGUUUUGAUAAGACGGAUAAACUUUCUGCUUAUCUCAAGAACCACAUAGCCAUCCUGCUGUUGAUAGCCUUUGAGAGAAUAGUUUUUUACCAUCAACAACAACACUACAACAGAGCCAACUUUGUGAAACCACCCCGUGGUAUCAUCUUCCCCGAGAUACGCCGUCCAGAUGCUGACAAAAACCUUGUCUCAUGUGCCAAGUUCCUUGCCAACUACUUUUUUUACAAGUUUGGACUUGAGAUCUGUUAUGUGAUGUUCGCUAUAACGAUCAGUGUGCGAGUUGAUGCCUACAGUGUUUUAUAUGCUGCAAUACUUGGUACGCUGCUGUUCCUCUCCCGACGAAGGAACGCCACCAUGUGGCCACUGUUCACAGUGUUUAUAGCUAUAUUGCUGCCUCUACAGUAUGUCCAACGCCUCGGACUCCCUACAGGACUUUGUAUUGAAUACCCCUGGCCAUGGAGCUCUGAUUUAGACGCAGAAAACCUCGAUCGUUGGCUUGUUCUACCUAACUAUUUUAUACCACAGUGGCCAGAGGCCCGUAAGCUGGUUGCCGACUUUUUCCUGUUGUUGUUCAUGGCGCUACAAUGGCAGGUGUUCCGCAAGGAAUCAGGGCCUAACAUGGCUACCUAUGGAGGGGGAGACAACUAUGACAUACUUCUAGAUGUGGAGGCCAACGUUCCUAAUCCUGUGGAGGAUUUCACAAGUGUAGUAAAGUCAUAUUUGGACAUUGCAAAGAGUGGUUUCUUUGUAUACAUGUACUGGGCUACCAUGUUCAUCGUGUUCCUGGCAGGAGUAACUCGUAUCAACAUUUUUAGCAUGGGUUAUAUGAUAGCAGUCUUCUGCUUCAUGUGGUAUGGGCAGGAGUUCCUUCUCAAACCUCUCCGCAACAUCAGGAAAAGUUGGAAUUUGCUGAUAGGUUACAACUUUGCGGUGCUGUUCCUGAAAGCUGCGUUACAGCUGCUGGGCUGUGUCUACAUCAAUAAGUUGUAUGAUGGACCAUGGUGCUGGCUUGUACAGCUACUUGGACUAACAUGUCUCACAUCUACAGAUACAACCUCUUCCAAUAAAUGGAGCACAGGUUGUACUGUGGAGGAGGAUGACACUGGCCUGAUGUGGGAUGUCAUCUGUUUCACCUUCCUGCUGCUCCAGCUACGAAUCUACAACAGUCACUACUUCAGACAUGUGGUGUCCAGCUCUGAGGCCCAGAACAGACUUGCAUCCAGAGGUGCUGAGCUAAUCAACAUCAUCCUGGUUCAGUAUGUAAAACAGCAGAAGGAAGAUGAACAGAGUGUGCUACAAGGCAUCAAGAUGAAAAUGGAGAGUUUGAAAGAAAAACAAAAGGCCAAGGUCCGGAAAGACUAUGUGGAGACCGAAGAACAUUUCCAAGCAAUACGCUCUGGUGACUAUUACCUGUUUGAUGAAGAAGUAGAGAAAGAGGAUAAAAGGAAGGUGGAUAGUGUGACAUUUGGUGAAGGGAAACCAGAGGAAGAGGACGGCAGGCUGAGCCCCACUGCUCUCAUCAGUGCAGCAAUCACAUCCGGAGCAGGUGCAGCUGUAGAUAUGGCAGACGAGGCAGAUGAAAAGGAAUCAGGACAGAAGGCACAGAUGGACAAGGAUGAUCAGUUGUCAGACGACCAGUCAGAUAAAGAAACUUAUGUUCAGAAGUCAUGGAACUUGUUAAGAUUUAUGGCUCGACUGCUGGAAAGUUUUGCUGAUUGGCUAAUAGAAAUGUGUAACGAUAUAUCUAAGAAUUAUCGCAUGGUGGCUUCCACGCUUGAGGAAGAAAUGAAAGAAGAAAAGAAGAAAAUAAAUGCUGAGAGAAGUCAGAUAACCACCAUGGAUGAGCAUCGUCUUGAUCUGGACUUCUCUGGUGACGAGGAUGGUGCUGAUGCCACUGAUGGUCAACCCACCUCAGAUAUGACAGAGUUAGUGGAAAUAAAAACAGAGACAGAACUAAAGAUGCCAUCUGCAGGUGAGGAAGAAAGUGACAGCUCGACCAGUGGGAAGAGUAAGUUUGAAAGAAGCAAGCCUAAGAUUUUCCUGUUGUUUGAGGCCUGUUACUACCUCAUCAUUUCCCGUUCUGAGAUGGUGUGUUACUUCCUAAUGAUACUAAACCAGAUUCUCAACGCCAGUCUCCUGUCCCUGCCCCUCCCUCUGAUGGUAUUUCUGUGGGGGAUGUUAUCUGUGCCACGCCCCUCAAAGACAUUCUGGAUCACAAUUAUUACAUACACAGAGGCUAUCAUAGUGGUCAAGUACCUGUUCCAGUUUGGUUUUUUUACUUGGAAUGAUGGUCUACCACCAUCUUCUCCAUUCUGGCCACCUCGGAUAAUCGGAAUCGAAAAGAAGGAUGGAUAUGCUUAUGCUGAUCUAGUGUUACUGCUGGCGUUGUUCAUUCACCGAACUAUACUGAAGCGAUAUGGUCUGUGGAAGGAUGCUGAAGACAUUGAUGCAGAUUUCAAGGAGGUAGAAAAAGUUAUCAGUCGACCGAGCUCUCCACUGCCUGAGGACGAUGCUGAUGUUACCAACUGGACAGAAUCCACAGCUUCCACCAGCCUGCAGGUGACCUCUAUAGAAGACUCAGGACAGGAUGACCUUGACCAAGGAAAAAAGAAAAAGUCCAAGAGAAAGAAGAAAUAUUUCCAGCCAUUUACAGAUUUCUACGAACAGUUGACCAAUGAAGACUAUAAUGCCACUAUUGAUGUGUAUGCUUCCAUGUUUUUUUGUGACUUCAUCAACUUCUUGAUUGUCUUGUUUGGGUAUCAAGCAUUUGGACCAGCACAAUCAGCUGGAGGAGGUGAUGUGACAUCGUAUCUCCGUAAUGAUAGGGUCCCAGUGACGUUUCUAUUUAUGCUGGUCACACAGUUCAUCCUUAUCAUAGUUGACCGUGCUCUCUACCUCAGGAAAAAUGUGAUGGGAAAAUUCAUCUUCCAGAUCUUCCUGGUAGCCAUGAUACACAUAUGGCUGUUCUUCAUCCUGCCAUCUGUUACAGAAAGGAAGUUUUCAGAGAAUAUACCUGCCCAGUUAUGGUACUUUAUGAAGUGUAUAUACUUUGGACUGUCAGCCUAUCAGAUCAGGUCUAGUUACCCGACUCGUAUUCUUGGUAACUUCCUUACCAAGAAGUACAACUACCUCAACCUCUUCCUCUUCAAAGGGUUCCUUGCAAUUCCAUUCUUACUGGAACUGCGUGUGUUGAUGGAUUGGAUUUGGACCGACACAACAAUGGCCAUUGGUAGCUGGCUGCAGAUGGAGGACAUUUACGCUAACAUUUACGUUUUGAAAUGCUGGAGAGAAGCUGAGAGGAAAUAUCCGACGCCACGGGGCCAGAAGAAGCGGUCACUAGUAAAAUAUGGUAUGGGUGGGUCACUUUUGGUACUUGUCAUCUUCAUCAUCUGGUUCCCACUGGUCAUCUUCUCUCUGGCCAACACUGUGUUUGUACCUAAUCCACCCAUUGACUGUACGGUGACCAUCGCAAUCGGAGGAUUCCAGCCUUUGUUUAAGAUGACAGCCCAGUCACAGGCCGUCAGUACUUUAACUUCAGGGGAAUACAACUACCUGCGAGAUUACUAUUCCAACAAUCGGGAAGCACUUGGAUUCCUUAGUAACUACGAGGCUGUUGACAUUACAAAGAUUUCACUUAAUGGAAAAUCAACAUCUGUGUGGGGCAUCAGUCCGCCUAGUCAACAGGAGCUCAUCACAACCCUUAAACAGAACACUAGUAGUAAUAUUGAGUUUUACGUCAGUUUUACCAGGACACCAAGUUCAUCUGCAGCAGGGGAGUCUCUGAGUAACGAAUUCACCACAAAACUGGAUCCCAGUACACAGAAUCGUCUAGCCAGCAUUGUGGAGAAUAUGCAUGGAGAGAAAGUAGACGUGACACAGGUGUUUCCACGAUUUAUACAUCUGCCGAGUAAGGGUCGAGCUGUCGAAGUUCGAGAACUCUUGUUUGGUUCUUCGAUCCAAUACAGUAAUGUUUCUUUGAGUUUACGUAAUGACACAAUUUCCGAGUGGUGGCAAGCCCAGGAGGUUAUCCUCGGUGACAAUAUAUUUAGUCCAAGUAGUGAUGAAACAAAAAAGAGAUUGGUGGAUAACCUUACCCUCAUCAGCUUCAACGACCGUGUCGCCCCGGAGGGAUUCUCUUUCAUCACAGGAUACGGCAUUAUUGGAUUGUAUAUCACCUUCAUCUUGGUCAUCGGUCGGAUCCUACGUUUGAGCACAACUGGAUUGGUGGAGUUGAUUACUUAUCGAGAGCUUCCCUACGUCGAUAAUAUCCUUCAACUGUGUCUUGACCUUUAUCUGGUGCGAGAAAUGCGGGAAUACCGCCUUGAGGAAGACCUUUAUGCCAAACUACUUUUUGUGUAUCGUUCAUCAGAAACACGAAUUACCUGGACACAGUUGCCACGACGACUAAUUGUAACACAGGAGAAGAAAAAUGAUUAAAUUUUGAAUGCUGUGCCAUCCUUUUUUAAUACACUAUUGAUAGUACAAUAUUUCAUUUGUUAAUGUAAGCAGUGAUUAGGCUGGAUACAAGGUUAAGCCUUUAAAUGUCCAUCAUCACCUAAAUUUUGUACAAAUUGUUUUUGUCUUUGAUAAUGACUUCUGAAGGUUAUAUUUAUAUCAACAGUCAUUUAUUUACAUUGUUUCCGUGUUACAUGUAGUAAGGUGAUGUAAUUGUAGCUUGACCUCACAAGAACUCAAUUGCACUUUGAAUUAUGUUAAAGGUACAAUGGACGUUUUAUUACAAUUUUAGAACAAAAACUGGUGUACUCCAUUUUUUUUUCUACUAAAAAUUUUUUUACAUUUGGUUAUGGAAAUUAAAUUCAUGUGUUAGGAAACAGUCAAUUUGGGAUUAAAAUCUAGAGAGUAGUCUCCCUUGCAUUGCUAAACUCAGAAUUAUUUUAACUACCUGGUAGAUAUAAGUAUAACUUUUAAAACUUAUUAUUAUCCUUUAAAAAGGUCAAAAAUGAAUGGCUUUAAGGAAAUUUAAUUGGGGUUUAACAAAUUCUCGAAAAAGUACUUAUCCAUAAUAGAAACAAUGUUGUUAACUGAGUAUGUAAAUUUGAUUGACUUACAUCUACAAAAGGCUAGAGAGCAUUUUUUAACUGCUUUGAAUGGAGUGUUAUUUUUUAGCACACAUUUAGUAGCUUAUAUUCAGUUUAUCUUAAAAGACUGUUAGCAGUGAUUAUACAUGUAGGUGUUGUGUAAAGUUAAAGAUAAACUUCAUUUUAAAAAACCUGAAAUGUAUUGGCAUAAAUUAUGUACACAUGUAUUGAAGUUUGGGUUUUUUUUUUUUUUUUAUUAUUAUUUUUAUUAUUAUUUUCUUUCAAAUAGAGGUAGAAUAAAAAAAAGAAUUGUUAAAAAAAUCACAAUUUUAGGAAAUAUAAGGGUAAAUGUGAUUAGAAAAUAAGUAAAGAGGAGAUCAGGAGAGAUGUAAAGAUAAUGAAAAUAUGACCAUAUCUUCAUUGCUAUCAUAUGUUUUUCGCUUAAAGCUGGAAAUUAAAUUCCACAGGUGCUUAAAAUGAAGGAUGCAGUUUGAAAAUUUUCAUGAAUUGGUUGAUUCAAUUUAUUUUGUGUUUAGAUAUUUACACACUAUGCUUUUGUACAGAAAAUCAAAAUUAUGUUUAAAAUUUCAUAAAAUAAGGAUAUGGUGAAAAAGGAAAUUAUCCUUUGUGUUUAGCCCAAUAUUUUGAGAAAUUUUCUAUGUGGAUUGAUUUUUUUUAAUGUCCUCUUUCUGCUGAUGGCCUACUUUCUACAUAUGUAUGUAUGCUGUGUGAAAUUCUGUAAAAAAAAUUGUGAAGCCUGAAGUUCUGUCUAUAACUUUGUGUAUGCUGACUUCCUGUUGAUAACCUUGUGUAUGCUGACUUCCUGUUGAUAACCUUGUGUAUGCUAACUUCCUGUUGUAACUUUGUGUAUGCUGACUUCCUGUUGAUAACCUUGUGUAUGCUGACUUCCUGUUGAUAACUUUGUGUAUGGUGACUUCCUGUUGUAACUUUGUGUAUUCUGACUUCCUGUUGUAACUUUGUGUAUGGUGACUUCCUGUUGAUAACAUUGUGUAUGGUGACUUCCUGUUGUAACUUUGUGUAUUCUGACUUCCUGUUGUAACUUUGUGUAUG